AUGUAUCCAGCCAUAGUGUCUUGUCUCCUCGUGGCCCUUGGUGCCGCCGGCGUCCGGGCUCAGGCUCUGCAAAGCCUCUGGGGCCAGUGCGGCGGCGUCAACUGGACCGGCCCGACGGCCUGCGUGUCGGGGGCAUACUGCAGCCAACUCAACCCGUGGUAUUUUCAGUGCCUCGCCGGCGGCACAACACCGACAACGCCGGCAGUCCCAGUUACCACGCCUCCCACGGCCACAACCCUCUCAACAUCUAUCAUCACACCAGCCACAUCCACCACAACGCCCCCUGCCCCAGGCAGCACCACGUGUCCCGCCAUCCCCGACAGCCUCGGCGCAGCCGUAUCAACACUGCCCGACCCCUUCACGUUCGCCAGCGGCGGCAAAGUAACGACACGCGCACAGUGGACGUGCCGGCAGGACGAAAUCAGCCAACUCUUCCAAAAAUACGAGGUCGGCACGCUCCCACCCAAGCCGUCAUCCGUGUCCGCCAGCUUCUCAGGCAGCACGCUAAGCAUCGUAGCAUCGCACGGCGGCAAGACCGUCUCGUUCUCGGUCAGCAUCUCCGGCAAGCCCGCGACGCCCGGCCCGCACCCCGCCAUCAUCAGCUUCGGCGCGUACGGCGCCAGCAUUCCGGUGCCCGCGGGCGUGGCCACCAUCGCGUUCAACAACGACGACAUCGCCGCGCAGGCCGACGGCUCGUCGCGCGGCAAGGGCAAGUUCUACGAUCUGUACGGCAGCGGGCAUUCGGCCGGGGCGCUGGCGGCGUGGGCGUGGGGGGUCGCGCGCAUCAUCGACGCGCUGGAGCUGACGGCCGCGCAGACGGGCAUCGACGCGGCGCGCGUCGGCGUCACGGGGUGCUCGCGCAACGGCAAGGGCGCGCUGGUGGCGGGCGCGCUGGAGCGGCGCGUCGCGCUGACGCUCCCCCAAGAGUCCGGCGCUGGCGGCGCCGGCUGCUGGCGGCUCGAGGCCUGGCAGAACGCCAAUGGGUACAACGUGCAGGACGCCAAGGAGAUUGUCGGCGAGAACGUGUGGUUCUCGCCGGCGUUCAACGGGUAUGUGGGGAGCGUGGAUAGGUUGCCGUUUGAUCAUCACAUGUUGGCUGGGCUCGUGGCGCCGCGCCCGCUGUAUGUUAUGGAGAACCCCGACUUUGAGUGGCUCGGCAAGGUGUCGACGUAUGGCUGCAUGGGCGCCGCGCGCAAGCAGUACCAGGCGCUGGGGGCCUUGAACAGUUUUGGGUAUUCGCAGGUUGGUGGCCACAACCACUGCAGUUUUCCCUCUGGACAGGCCGCCGAGCUCAAUGCGUUUAUCGGCAAGUUCCUGCUCGGCAACGCGGGCGCCGGCUUGACGAGCGUCUUCCGGACGGAUCAGAGUCUCAACUUUAAUAUCGACACGUGGAGCCCGUGGACGGUGCCGAGUCUUGUCUAA